GUAUUUUUUUUGUUAAUUUGUUUCAGUUUUUGCAACAGUUUAUAUUAGAAUUUAGUUUUUCAGCAUUUUUCCAAUUGUCCUGAAAUAAACGCAUUUAUUUUCAAAAUGUCCUUUCUAGGGACAAUGCGUGUAUUUUAUUAGGCGUGGCUCAAUAAUCUCUUAAGAUAGAUAACCAUGAAUAGGGUAUCAAAAAAGAGCAGAAAAUUGUCCUUUCAUGCAUUUUUUUUCCAAUCAUCAUACCCAUAACCUAAGGUUUACUCGGUUGCUAGUUAUUUACAAAAGUAUAUAGUGACUGUUACUUGCAAUAUCAAAAAGUCCGUAAAUAUCCUUUCUACGCCCCGAAAAUUAUCUUUCUUACCAGAGCCUGUAUGGUGAAAGCUUCCCAAGAAGAAAUGUCGUCCGUGGACAACACUCCCGCUCCCCCGGGUCCCUCCGACGCCCCCAACAUAAUAACCCCCCAAACCCCCAUCUUGAGCGUCGCCUGUAGAAUUCUACGCUCCCCCAGCCACGAGAGCGUCACUACAGACCUCUCACUCUUCUCCGUCAGCUCUGUAGACUCUGUAGGCGGUAGACGACUGUUGAACUUCUCCAAAUGCGACCGCGGCCACAGCCCGAAUCCCGACUGUAGGAACCAGAACAGGCCAGCUGACAUACCGGAAAUCUUAUGGUUCGAGGAGGAAACGGAACUGAUCCGUAGCUGUGCGGCUCUCUCGUCAGCUGUGGGUUUGCAAAAGAGCUUCAGCACCAGCGACAUAAGUCAGCUACCCUCACCGGACGAGGGGCCAACGUUACAAGGAUUGAGAAACGCUGUUUCCGAGCUGGCAUUGAACUCAUUGCAAAGAAGCGGAUUUUUGCUAGAACACGCCAGACUGGAUCACACGUCCAGAUCUUGUUCUACUUGGGUGGCUGUAGGUGAUAUAGUAUCGACCUCCCAGUUGCCUUCUCCACAUGGAGGUCAAGCUUCCAGUAGCACAAACACCACUCAACCUCCCGCCUGCACGCCUCCACCACCCGCUUUUACUGCUGCCGACUUUAUACGGUCUGUUAAUAAAAAGGUCCGUCAAAACUACAUAAGACGAAGACUCCUCACAACCUACAAGGCCCUGGAAAGACUAUCCCAAAGUGAGUUUAACUUAGAUCGAUUAGAAGUAACCCCAUCUACCGCACAAGCUAGCUUAGAACCCUGUUCCCAAAGUGUUAUUGUUACAUCCUCAGGUCCAACUAGACUUACCGUACCGGGAUCGAGUCCGACCCCAAGUAAAAGUCCCACCACCUCCAGCAGUACCAACGCCGCGAUGCUAAGGGCGGCAAAGUCCAGGGCCGGUAAGAACUUACCGCUUACGAUAAGGGACGUGGAAAGGGAAAGGGGGAAGCCCUUAUCGAAAUACGAGAGGAAUAUGAUGAUUUUUAAUUGGUUGCACACUUUGGACGAUACCGCUUUUGUCGAGGGAGUUCCUUAAGCUUAUGGCGUUUAAAUAGUGCAAGUUUCUUUAAAGUUGAUCGUAAAUUAGAUAAAUAAUUAAUAAGUUCACUUGCAGAAACAAUAUAAUUAGAGGGUAAUUUGGUAAGCUGUGCACCACUGCUUGUAUACUUUAUUAUGUUUGAGAAUAUCCGAGUAAUAAAACAGUCUUAAAAUGAUACAUUAAUAAGUGAAAAAAAACACGUUUAAAAAAACUUA